ACGGUGAGUGCUGAGACUCUGCCAAGUCUAUCUACCGUUACACUCACUCAGCACACCACUCCACACUUUCUCUCACUACCUUCUCUCUCUAGACCGGCCUUUCCCUUUUCAAAAAUCAAAAUUAUACCAAGAAAACGGCAGAGUGAGAAACAGGAGAAAUCCCAAUUCUUGUUUUUGAUCAAAACCCUAGAAAUGAAUACAGAAGACGACCCAGUGAGUCUCUUCAUGAUUCUGGAUCAGUGGCCAUAUUUGCCGAUUGGAUUCGUGGAGGUUGGGGACGAGGAAACUCAGGAAUUGUCCGGUACUAUCUCUCAAUCCUCCGAGACCUACAUGGUUGGAUUCGUUAUCGUCAACAUCGUUGGAUUACAGUACUAUUCAGGCACGAUCAGUGGACGAGAGAUGGUUGGUUUGGUUCGCGAACCGUUGAACCAAUACGAUCAAAACGCAAUCAAGGUGCUCAAUACGAGGACGGUUCAAGUGGGUCACAUCGAGCGGGCGGCGGCGAGGGUUCUGGCACCGUUGAUCGAUGCCAAUUUGAUCGCCGUCGAGGGCAUUGUCCCCAACACGCCCCGGAGGGGGAAUCGGUUUCGGCUCCCUUGUCAGGUUCACAUUUUUGCCCGGAUUGAGGCCUUUUCGAGAGUGAAGUCGGCCAUUUCGCGAGGUGGGUUGAAUUUGAUUUCGGAAGACAAUGCGUCGUUUACUCUGUCGGAGGCUGUUGCUGUGAAGGAGAAGACGAACGCCAAGGAUGGAAAGAGUUUGGAUGAGAUAUUCAAAUUGGUUGAUGAAAAUGUGAAUAAAAAGGGGGCUAUGGAAGCAUUGGAACCGCCUAAAGAUAUUAUCAAAUCGGAGCUUUUCUUGCACCAAAAGGAAGGCUUGGGAUGGUUGUUUCAUAGAGAGAAUUCCUGCGAAUUGCCGCCUUUUUGGGAAGAGAAAGAUGGCGCUUUUGUCAAUGUGUUGACAAAUUAUCAAACCGGUGACCGGCCUGAUCCAUUACGUGGUGGAAUAUUCGCUGAUGAUAUGGGAUUGGGUAAAACUCUCACCUUGCUUUCCUUGAUUGCUUUUGAUAAAUGUGGCAAUGCUACUUUUACAAGUGAUACUAAUAGUGUAACUAUGGAAAAGGGAGAAGAAAUCGAUGAAGAGAAUGAGAGAUUGGUUGUUUCAGGGGGUAAGAAAUCAAAGAGGGGGAGAGUCAGCAAAAAGGUUACCAAUUCACGCAAAAAACAGAAAACAGAGAACGCCCAUUUAGAUGUAACGGUGAAAGGAAAAUUAGUGGGUGGAUUUGAUAGUUCUUCUAGUGCUUUAGGUCCUAAAACAACGUUGAUUGUUUGCCCCCCUUCUGUAUUUUCGACUUGGAUAACACAAUUAGUGGAGCACACUAAUCCUGGAAAGUUGAAGGUGUAUAUGUAUUAUGGAGAACGGACCAAAGAUGCCAACGAACUUCAGAAGUAUGAUAUAGUUUUGACGACUUACAGUACUCUCUCUAGUGAAGAUGGUGGGUCAGAAUCACCGUUGAAGAAGAUAGAGUGGUGGCGAGUCAUUUUGGAUGAGGCACAUGUAAUUAAGAACGUCAAUGCUCAACAAAGCCGUGCUGUAAGUAACCUCAAUGCCAAGAGAAGGUGGGUUGUUACAGGUACACCCAUACAAAAUGGGUCUUUGGAUUUGUUCUCUCUUAUGACAUUUUUGCGGUUUGAGCCAUUCUCAAUUAAAAGCUAUUGGAAUAGCUUGGUACAUCGCCCAAUUGCUCAUGGAAAUGAGAAUGGGCUCUCGCGGCUGCAGGUUCUUAUGGCAACUAUUUCUUUGAGGAGAACAAAGGACAAGGCUGUAAUAGGGUUGCCAAAUAAAAGUAUAGAGACUUGUUUUGUGGAACUUUCUGUGGAAGAACGAGAGCUAUAUGAUCAGAUGGAAGGAGAAGCCAGAAGUGUUGUCCGUGAUUACAUCUAUGCUGAUAGAGUAAUGAGCAAUUAUUCAACUGUACUUAGCAUAAUUUUACGACUUCGCCAGAUCUGUACAGAUUUAGCCUUGUGCCCAUCAGAUAUCAGAUCACUACUUCCACCUAACAAUAUUGAAGAUGUAUCCAACAAUCCAGAAUUGCUGAAAAAGAUGGUUUCAGUGCUACAAGAUGGGGAAGAUUUUGACUGUCCAAUUUGUAUUUCUCCACCGACUGAUAUUGUUAUUACAUGUUGUGCUCACAUCUUUUGCCGAUCCUGCAUUUUAAAGACCCUAAAGCGCAUGAAACCCUGCUGUCCACUGUGCCGCCGUCCAUUGUCAGAAUCUGACCUCUUUUCAUCCCCACCAGAAUCUUCUGACACAGACAAUACUGUAGUUUCCUCUUCCAAGACAUCAUCGAAAGUGUUAGCCCUCCUGAAACUCCUGUCAGCUUCUAGGGAUCAAAAUCCAAAUACAAAAUCAGUUAUAUUCUCACAGUUCAGAAAAAUGUUGAUUUUACUUGAAGAGCCCCUUACAGCUGCUGGUUUUAGGAUCUUGCGCUUAGAUGGGUCCAUGAAUGCGAAAAGAAGAGCACGAGUAAUUGAAGAAUUUGGAGUCCCAGCACCAGAAGGGCCUACAAUUUUGCUUGCAAGUCUGAAAGCUGCAGGUGCUGGUAUAAAUCUUACAGCUGCUUCUAGGGUCUACUUGUUAGAGCCGUGGUGGAAUCCAGCAGUGGAGGAACAGGCUAUGGAUCGUGUCCACCGGAUUGGGCAGAAAGAGGAUGUCAAGAUUGUGAGGAUGAUAGCUCGAAACAGCAUUGACGAGCGGAUAUUGGAACUGCAAGACAAAAAGAAGAAACUGGCAAGGGAGGCUUUUGGUAGAAGGGGCUCAAAAGAUCGGAAGGAGAUUAGCAUAGAUGAUCUCCGUACCCUGAUGUCCUUGUGAGGUACUCUUACUUUUACAUCAUGUACAUGUAAAAGUAUGCAUGCAUGCAUGUUGCAUUUGCUCAUACAUGUAUCUACACAUUCUGUAGUUUUUUGCCAUGUAGUAUGUAUGUACAUGUGCAUCGACCCAUCAAUACAAAUAUGUAGGGUAUGUAUUAGAUAGGUUCACUUUUUGAAUGCUGGAACCAUUUCUUUACAUGUGUCACAGAACAAAAAAAAUGUCAAAAAUGAGAUCAAAAGAUUUCCUUUUUGUCCGAUGGAGUUAUUUUAUUUUUUUAUAUUUUUUUCCCGGUUUAGUUACUUUUCAAAGGAUUCUGAUCCAGGUUUUGUCCUUGUUUAGAAGAACAAGAGUAAUGUUAUACUCACAAGAUUACUUAGUUUA